UAGGUUCCAUUCAAAAGAGAUGCGUUCUUGUGCGUGACAGAAUAAACCUUCAAAAAUUUCAUAGAUACCCCUUCUAUAUUCGAAUAUGGGCCAGUACUUGUUAUUCCAUACCAAAAGUUGAUUAAUAAUGAUAUAUACCAUGUGAAAAGUUUUAGCAUCGAAUUUAAGUCAUAAAACAAUAAACUCGUUUAGACUAUCUUAUAUACGGAUGUUGAACAGUACUAUAAACUCAACAUUUUGCAUCAACAUCAGCUGUGACUAAUUUGCUAGUCAUAUCCCUUCGGCUUCACUAUAUAAAAAUUAAAAAACCAAAAUCUGAAACCAGAGAGAACAUAUUGCAAGAAAUGGAGCUCUGGAAAAGCCAGUAUUACUAUAUUCUAAACUAUAUUGUUCUGCUUAAUUCUGUUUUAAUAUUAUUAAGUUCAGUGAGUGCUCAGGUUUCACUUCCGUCCAAGCAAGAUGGAUUCUGGUACGAGAACAGAGUAGCCAAAACAGAUUCAAUAUUGAUCGAGGCUUUCUUUGAUCCAGUGUGCCCUGACAGUAGAGAUUCAUGGCCCCCUCUCAAGCUAGCUCUCAAUCACUACGCUUCUCGUGUCUCUCUCGUUGUCCAUCCUUUUCCUUUACCAUACCAUGACAAUGCAUUUAUUAGCUCGCGAGCGUUGCACAUUAUCAAUAAGUUGAAUACUUCUGCCACGUACAGAUUACUAGAGUCUUUCUUUGGUCAACAGGAUAAGUUUUACGGCAAAGCAACUUUCAACUUGUCCAAAGCAUCUGUGGUAGAUAAGAUUACAAAGUUUACGUCCAAUGCAAUUGGGAAUUCAAAUUAUGCUGCUAUAAAAGCUGGAUUUACUGACCCGAAAACUGAUCAAGCAACAAGAAUUUCCUUCAAGUAUGGUUGUGUGAAAGGCGUAUACGGGACACCAUUUUUCUUUGUGAAUGGGUUUCCACUGCCUGAUGCUGGCUCACCACUCGAUUACAAAGCAUGGAGAAAUAUCCUUGACCCAUUGGUUUCACCAGCAGGACAACUGGAGGGCUGAACCUUUGCGCGUUUCUUCUUGUGACAUCACUGAUCUUUAUGUCUAUGCAUGGUUGUAUCUGUACUCUCAUCAUCUCAUGGUGCAAUUUUCUAGUGUGUCAUCUUCCUACUUUGAAAUUGUCUCGAGUUCCAUCUAAUCCAACAAUUUCUCCAAUCGUGAGGAGGCCAAUAUCUUUGAGUUAUAUUUAUUCUUAUUUUAUUUUAUUCGGAAUAAGCCUAACCGUAUUAAGGACAAAAUCAUGCUAGUGUUUUGUCCUUCCCCACUCCUUAAUGGAAUUGAUUGCUUAUUUCGUUUUAUAGAACUUAUCGCGUUAUUCU